ACGGUCGCGCCGCUCGACGCUACGCACGGACGAUAUUUCAGUGAAACACGCUUAUCAAUAACGUGUUUCAGCAACAACACUCGGACUCAGAAAAUUUUACAAAACCAACAAAUGAAUAAAAGAAGACUUUGUGUGUUGUUUUUAGUGAAAAAACUUGACUUUUCGUAAAAGUGAACUGUUUACGUGAUUUUUGUUUACAUCUCGAAGGAUAUAUUAUUCGCUGUGAAUUAAUAUCAUCACAUAAUGUGUGUUGGUAUAAUAAGGACUAUUUAUUAAAUUAACCGAAAUAGACUUUAUAAAUUGAUGGAUACUACACAUCCGGCAAGGGGUCGAAACAAACGAACACCGGCGGAAAAAACAUGACACUGAGCCUUUCGUGUCCUGUUUUCUUUCUUCCUUGAUAUUUGAUUUACCCCAUAAUGGCUCUCCAGAAAAGUUCUUCAAGAAAACAAGCCUUCAGCCACAUUUUGUUUUUGUUUGUUGUUGGACUUAAUGUUGCUGAUCAGAGCUCAUUACCACUCAAAUAUGAAGCUCCGGAUGAUUGUCAGUGGUGGUUACGAGGCCCGAAUGACUCCCACGAAGUUUCCCUCACAUGUAAGCUUCGUACGAUAAACAGCGAGUUCGACACGACAAACUUCAGUGUCAUCCCUUCAGAACAUACAACGUCACUUAGAAUAGAAUGUAAUGAAGAAAUGAUGUACAAGAGCUCUUUAGACGACAGAAGUUUCGCCCAUUUAAUAAAACUACGUGAACUUGUUUUGGAUAACUGUAAAAUUGGAAGAUGGCCGCCCGGUGUACUUUCGGGUUUGAGAGAUCUUCGAAAUUUAACGAUCCGAACGAAAAAUACGGAGUGGGCCGCUAUGAGCCUAGAGAUAGCAUCAGAAAGCUUCGCGGCGGUUCGGCAGUUAGAAAAGUUGGAUCUGAGCUUUAACAACAUUUGGUCGUUCCCUGAAAACUUGUUUUGCCCUCUGACGAACUUAGUAUACCUAAAUGUUUCAUCAAACCGAUUACUGGAUGUGAGUGAUCUGGGAUUCCGGGAACACGCAGUUCACCAGGCUCUUAUAAGUGAACAAGACGGACCAGUUCCUUCAUCUUCUCUACCUCAUGCUUCGUGCUCCUUAGAUAUUGAAGUCCUUGAUGCAUCAAGCAACCGCUUUGUGUUAAUGCCUGAAAAUGGCUUCAUGUCUUUGAGAAGAUUAAAAGAAUUGCAUAUUCACGAUAACGAAAUAUCUAUGGUGUCAGAGAAAGCCUUAUCAGGUUUGAAGCAACUACAAAUAAUAGAUCUUUCGAAUAAUAAAAUCGUUGCCCUACCACAAGACUUAUUUAAGGACUGUAAGACGGUAAUUAAAGAAAUUUACCUGCAAAACAAUUCCAUAAGUGUAUUAUCACCGAAUCUCUUUGCAAACUUGGACCAAUUGCUGGCAUUGGACUUAUCAAAUAACCAUCUUACAAGUACUUGGGUGACAGAGAACACGUUCAGAGGUCUUAUAAGAAUGGUCUUAUUAAACCUGUCGAAUAACCGACUGACUAAACUAGACCCGAAGAUAUUCAAGGAUUUAUACACACUACAAAUUUUGAACGUUCAACACAAUUCUCUGGAAAAUAUUGCUGCCGAUACAUUUGCGCCUAUGAACAACCUACACACGCUUAUUUUGUCAUACAAUAAAAUAACACAUAUCGAUGCCUAUGCCUUAAAUGGUCUCUACGUAUUGUCGUUGCUAUCUAUCGACAAUAAUCAUCUCGAAGAUAUUCACCCUGAAGCAUUUAGAAAUACAUCCUCCCUGCAAGAUUUAAAUUUAAAUGGAAAUCGAUUAAAGAAAGUACCCAUAGCGCUAAGAAACAUGAGAUUACUGCGAACGUUGGAUCUAGGAGAAAAUCAGAUAACAUUGCUUGAAGAGCCCGGCUUUGUCGGUUUGCAUAACGUAUAUGGACUGCGACUUAUCGGAAAUAAAAUAGAAAACAUAAGCAAGGACGUGUUUACUGAUUUACCGUCGUUGCAAAUAUUGAAUUUAGCGCGCAAUAAAUUGAAGAAAAUCGACAUUAAUGCAUUUGAUACUCUUAAUAAUUUACAAGCUAUUCGACUGGAUGCUAACCAGCUCACAGACAUCCAAGGUCUAUUUGCAAACAUCCCUUCUUUGUUGUGGUUAAACGUGUCAGAUAACCAAGUAGAAUGGUUUGACUACGCUUUUAUACCCACGGGACUUCAAUGGCUGGACCUACAUAGCAACAACAUCAAAGAGUUGGGUAAUAACUACCGUUUGAAUAAAGAGCUACGCCUGCAGACAUUAGAUGCCAGCUUCAACAAAAUGACAAAAAUAUCCACCUUUUCUAUACCCGAUAGCGUGGAACUUCUGUUCUUAAAUGAUAAUCAAAUUACACAAGUUGAAGCUCAAACUUUUGUUGGAAAAACCAAUUUAACGAGAGUCGAUUUGUAUGCUAAUCAGAUAACUAGUAUGGAUCUCAAUGCGCUUCGCCUAACUCCGGUCGAUCCAGGACGCCCUCUGCCCGAGUUUUACAUUGGAGGAAAUCCUUUUCAGUGUGAUUGUACAAUGGAGUGGCUACAACGAAUUAACAAGCUCGAUCAUCUCCGACAACACCCUAGGGUAAUGGACCUAGAAAGCAUAUACUGCAAGUUGUUAUAUAAUAGAGAAAGGACUUAUAUUCCGCUCAUCGAGGCGGAAUCAUCCCAGUUUUUGUGUACAUAUAAAACUCAUUGUUUUACGUUGUGUCAAUGUUGUGAUUUUGACGCUUGUGAUUGUGAAAUGACGUGCCCGUCAAACUGUACGUGUUAUCAUGACCAACCGUGGUCGGCGAAUAUUGUGGACUGUUCCGCUGCCGGGUACGCGGAAAUACCCAACAGCAUACCUAUGGACGCUACUGAACUAUAUCUAGACGGUAACAACUUUGGUGGUUUAACCAGUCACGCUUUUAUAGGACGUAAAAACUUAGAAAUAUUAUACGCUAAUAAUUCAAAUAUUGACGCUCUGUAUAAUAAUACAUUUAGUGGACUAAAACGCUUAAAAGUUUUGCAUCUUGAAAAAAAUAAUAUCAAAGAGUUGCUCGGGUUCGAGUUGUCGCCUCUGGAAAAUUUACGAGAGUUACAUCUACAAGACAAUAAAAUACAUUAUAUCGAUAAUCGAACCUUCAUAGAGCUAAGACGUUUAGAGGUGCUACGUUUGGAAGGGAAUAACAUUUACGGCUUUGCGGUGUGGCAGUUUACAGUGAAUCCAUAUUUGGUAGAGAUAAGCCUGUCUCGCAACCCAUGGUCGUGCGAUUGUCAAUACAUGAACAAAUUCAGAAAUUGGUUUAAAAAUAACUUUGGGAAAGUGGAAGACGCAAAGAAAAUUACAUGUGUGUUCGAUAAUGUAACCAACGCCGUUGGUCCUCUCAUGGCUGAUUUCAAUUCCACUAUUUGCACAAGCCACGUCGGCGGAAGCUCCUCAAUUAUUGAAAAUCAAGUUAUUAAUGAUUACCUACCUUUGCUUCUGAUAUCUCUGUGUAUAUUUAUAAUAAGUUCCGCAUUAAUAUGUGGUGUAUUUUACUGGAGGCGAGAGCUCCGCGUUUGGAUAUAUUACCAUUGUGGAUUUAGAAUGUGUUACAAGAGCACAGCUUUCGAUGAUGAGGCCGACAAAGAUCGGCUGUUUGAUGCCUAUAUUAGCUACAGUGUCAAAGACGAGGCUUUCGUGGCACAGAUGUUGGCGCCCGGCUUAGAAUCAACUGAUCCAAGUUUUCGGCUCUGUCUGCAUUACCGAGAUUUUAAUGCUUCUGCUUAUGUGGCCGAUACGAUCAUCGAAGCCGUAGAAUCAUCAAAGAGGACAAUAAUCGUCCUAUCCAAAAAUUUCAUUAACAACGAAUGGUGCCGUUUUGAGUUUAAGACGGCGCUCCACGAAGUACUAAAAGAGAGACGAAGAAGACUGAUAAUAAUAUUACUAGGCGAACUGCCGAAUAGAGACAUUGAUCCCGAACUGAGAUUGUGUUUGAAGGCGAACACGUGUAUAGAGUGGGGUGAUAGGCAGUUUUGGCAAAAAUUAAGGUUCGCAAUGCCGGACUUGAGAAAGUGUCAAUAUCACCGAUCGACGGUGAAUAUUUACGCGUCAGUGUCACCGGUGGGGGCCGGGCGGGCGCCGGCGCCGCCCCCGCCGCCGCCGCCGGGCAAGCUGCCCCCUCUGCUGGGCGACGGGCUGGCGCUCUCCGCCAGCGUGCACGCUCGCGACGCGCACGCGCACCGCAUGCCGCCGCACGCGCAACUCUGGGCGUAGCGUAUGCUUCAACGCAGGUAAAAUUCCCUCUUAAAACGCUUAAGCGUAUUAGUCCAAAAAAGUGAUAAUUAAAUAUAAGUACGUACGUUCCAUAUUAAUAUUUAUUUUAGUCUAAGGUGUAUAGCAU